GAAAACGCACCAAUCAGCUUCAGGAGGCGGGCCUUUAUAAAUAUAGCCGAAUCACUCCAUUUGCUAAGAUCCUCAGCGGAAUGAGUUAUCGAUACGGACAGGGUUAUCAGGGGCCAGGUGGUAAUGCUCCCCAACACAACCCGCCUCCAGGGGCACCGUAUGGAGGUGGUCCCGCUGGUGGACAGUAUGGUUCACCUUAUGGCGGUGCCCCUCCAGGGCAGCAGUAUGGUGGAGGGGCUCCAUACGGGUCUUAUGGUCAACCUGGUCCAAGAGCGCCGUCCGGUGGGGGCCAAGCUCCAGGUGGUCCUUACGGAGGUUAUGGACAACCCCAGGGUGGACCGUAUAGUCAGCAGGCACCUGCAGGUAACAUUCCUCCCGGUGUGAACCCUGAGGCCUACCAGUGGUUUUGUUCUGUGGAUUCAGAUCAUAGUGGCUACAUUAACGCAAAAGAACUGAAGCAAGCACUCAUGAAUUCCAACAACACCUCUUUCAAUGACGAAACCUGCAUGAUGAUGCUCAAUAUGUUUGACAAGACCAAAACCGGACGUGUAGAUGUAAUUGGUUUCUCUGCACUGUGGAUGUUUCUGCAGCAGUGGAGGGCAGUGUUCCAACAGUUCGACCGCGACCGAUCCGGAUCAAUUAACAGCAAUGAGAUGCACCAGGCAUUAUCUCAGAUGGGCUACAAUCUGAGUCCUCAGUUCAUUCAGGAACUGGUGAAUCGUUACUCUGCGCGUGGUGUGAAUGGGGUUCUCCAGCUGGACCGCUUCAUUCAGGUGUGCACGCAGCUUCAGAGCAUGACCCAAGCAUUCCGUGAGAAAGACACAGCCAUGACUGGCAAUGUGAGGUUGAGUUACGAAGACUUCCUUUCUGGUGCCGUUACCAGACUGAUGUAAAGGACUGCACAGCAAUUCAAAAGAUGAUCUGACUCUGAGUGUACAGCAUGCCACCUCACCAUCUCAACAGUGCCUUUCACUGCAGCUUACCCUGAUUUUACAUUUUUUUCAUUAAGCAUUGCCACCUAGCCAAAUUAAAGCACUCAUCGCAAGAGACCACUAUUGUGAUUGGGUUGUCUGUAAUGCAACCAGUUAUAUAAGACUAAACUGUUGCCAAAAUAUUUGUGGUAUAUGUGCAUAAAAUGACAUUAGCUAUGCAACAUGCACUAUUUACUAAUUAUGGGAGUAUGUCAUAGAAGUAUAAUAAUGUUUGAUUUUCUUUAUUUUAAUUAACAUUUCUGUACUUUUUUAAUAUUAGCAAAAAAAAAUCUGAUUAUGAAUGUUUGAAAUGCAAAUAUUUUUAGGUUUCCCUCCCCUCCCUUGCUUUUUGCCUUUUAUUUGAUAAUAUUUAUGCCCUCUUAACACCC